UUCUCUGUGAAGAAAUCUAACCUGAGUUCAUCUGGACUUUCACACACACUGACUCCAACACUGUGUGUGAAGAUGUCUGCUGCCAGCAAUCUGCUCUCUGAAGACCAGUUUCUGUGCUCCAUCUGUCUGGAAGUGUUCACUGAUCCAGUCUCCACACCAUGUGGACACAACUUCUGCAACCAGUGCAUCACUCAGCACUGGAACACCAACAACAUCUGUGACUGUCCUCUGUGUAAAGAGGUUUUCUCAAAAAAACCUAAGCUGAAAGUCAACACUUUCAUCUCUGAGAUGGUUUCUCAGUUCAGACGUGAAGCUGAACUCAAAGCCAGCAGCAGCUCAGAGCAACAAGCUGCCAAACCAGGAGAAGUUCCCUGUGACGUCUGCACUGGAACCAAAGUGAAGGCCCUCAAGUCCUGCCUGGUGUGCCUGGUCUCCUACUGUCAGACUCAUCUGGAGCCUCAUCUGACAGUGUCAGGCCUGAAGAAACAUCAGCUGAUGGAGCCUGUGGAGAACCUGGAAGGCAGGAUGUGUCUGAAGCACCAUAAACCUCUGGAGCUGUUCUGUCAGAGAGAGCAGACAUGUGUCUGCAUGAUGUGCUCUGUUUUAGAGCACAAGACUCACGAGUUUGUUCCUCUGAGUGAAGAAUGUGAAGGAAAGAAGAAGGAGCUGAGGAAGACAGAGGCUGAAAUGCAGCAGAUGAUCCAGGAGAGACGAGUGAAGAUCAAGGAGAUCAGAGAGUGUGUGAAGAGGAGUAAAGCUGCUGCAGACAGAGAGAAAGCAGAAGGUGUUGAGGUGUUCACUGCUCUGAAGGAGUGUGUUGAGAGAGGCCUGAAGCAGCUGAUGGAGAGGAUGGAGGAGGAAGAGGAAGCCAGAGAGAAACGGGCUGAAGGUCUCAUCAGAGAUCUGGAAGAGGAGAUCUGUGAGCUGAUGAAGAGGAGCUCAGAGGUGGAGCAGCUCUUCCUCUCUGAAGACCACCUCCACCUCCUCCAAGGCUUCUCCUCCCUGAAAGCUGCUCCACCCACCAAGGACUGGACAGAGGUCAGCGUCCGUCCAUCAUCAUAUGAGGGGACUGUGGUGAGAGCUGUGGCUCAGCUGGAGGAGACUCUCAGCAAAGAGAUGAAGAAGCUGUUUGAGGCUGAUCUGAAGAGGAAGCAGCAGUUUGCAGUGGAUGUGACUCUUGAUCCUGAUACAGCAAAUCCUCAUCUCAUCCUGUCUGAUGAUGGAAAAGAAGUGAGUUGUGGUGAUGUGAGGAAGAAGCUUCCAGACAACCCAGAGAGGUUUGACUAUUAUAGUUUUGUUUUAGGAAAACAGAGUUUCUCUUCAGGUAAAUUUUACUUUGAGGUUCAGGUUAAAGGAAAGACUGACUGGAUGUUAGGAGUGAGCAAAAAGUCCAUCAACAGGAAGGGAAAGAUCACACUGAGCCCUGAUGAAGGUUUAUGGAUAAUAGGUUUGAUAGAUGGAAAUAAGAACUUUGCUGUUGAUGCCCCUCCCCUUUAUCUCUCUCUGAAGUGUGUUCCUGAGAAGGUGGGGGUGUUUGUGGAUUAUGAGGAGGGUCUGGUCUCUUUUCAUGAUGCAGCUGCUGCAGCUCUGAUCUACUCCUUCACUGGCUGCUGCUUCACUGACAAACUCCUCCCAAUCUUCUGUCCUGAGCCCAAUUAUCAUGGUAAAAACUCUGCUCCUCUGAUCAUCUGUUCUGUCAAUCAAACUGUCUGAUCUGUUUUCAUCAUUAAACAUCACCAACAAUGAAUAAAGUGGUGAGAAAGUGACAGAUUAACUGUGAUUCAUGGUGAACGAUUCUCUGAUUUCAUUGAGCAGCAGUUUGUACCUAAAGAAACGUUCAUCUGACAGUUUGAACAACACAAGUAAAGCUGUGAUGAGAAGAGGAAACACUGAGCAGUCAGAGUCAGUAUCAACCUGUUUCCUCUGAGUCUGAUUCAUGGCAGAGCUCCUUCAUGGUUGAAGACUCCAUCAGGAGAGUUUUCAUGUGUUUUUAUGUCUUCAUGAGCAGGAAUCUUUCAGUCUGUGUGUCUUCAAGCUGCAGAGUCACAACAUGAACACAUUAGUUUUUCUCUCCAGCUUCAAGGUUUUUUCAAGGGGAAAUUUAAUGUUGAGAUUUUAUAAUCCAGUUUAACACAACCUGUUGGAAGAAGUAUAACAGCUGUCUGUGAGGAUCCAAACUGAGAAAACUGUGUAAAUUGUGUGAUAAUCAUAGUGUCGUUUGUGCUGAUUCUCCCUGUACAAAGUGUUGAAUGUUGGAAUCAUGGGCUUCAGUUGAUGAAUAAAAACUCCUUUGGAUCAUCUGGAUUCCUCCUGAGUUUGAUUCUAGAUUUUGACUCAUUGGAAGCCAUUUUUUGGGGAACAUGGAUGUAAAAAGUAUUUUUGGGCUGAAUCACACUUAAUGCAGGUGGAGAUUUUCUAAAAGGGUCAAGAUUUUUGUGAAAAAUUCAAUCUGCAGCGUUCAAAUAAAGAAUAAUACUAAUUGAUGGAAACCAUUCCAGUUUGCAUUCACAUGUCUCUGAAAUGAGAACACUCUGUGGAGAAGGAGUUAUGUAUGUUGUCAACAAUUCUCUGAUAAGUUUGAGAGAAAUGUAUUUGAUAUUAUCUGUGAUUGUUUAUAUAUCCAUGCAAUGUUUGUUCCUCGCAUAAAGUUCAAUAAA